AUGCUGCUGCUGCUGUGUCUGCUGUCGCUUUCGACCGGCAAGCGCGGCAAGGGCUCUCAUGGACCUUGGUUUAAUGGUUGGUGCACGCGGAUUACCGAUCUCAAGGCGCAGCGUACGAUGACACUGAUCUUGGGCUCCUUUCAGAAUACGGAGCCGCAGUGGUCAGAGGUGUACACCGCUGUCCUAGUGGCAGAAGCAGAUGGUGAGCAGCAUGUGGAGCAGGUGUUUUCAGAUCCAGCACAGGCGUUGAUGCAAAAUGCGGAUGUGCCAUCCCUUGAGCUGACACAUCGCUACCAUGGCAGCAACUCCUGGACUCUGCCUCUCGGGAGAUUUCAGACAAACGGCUCCAGCUCAUCCUUCGAUUUCAGCUUCCCUUCUGGGUUUCGCCUGUCGGCGCAACUCUCGGGCCGAAUCCUUUGGAAUGCAGACAAACCUCUCGAAGGUCCUGAAGGCUGGGUGCAGCGACUACCCUCAGCGAUGCUGCCAACACACUACUUCGUGGAAACGCUGGCGUCACCCACAGACUAUGAGCUGAACGGCCUGCAAGGCCAAGGUUUCGCUCACCAGGAGAUGAACUACGGAAAGCGAUUUCCAUCAGCCUUCGUCUGGUCACAGGGCAUCGCAGACGGAGGAACAACUCAGCUUGUCUUGACGGGUGGCAAGUUUACCAUAUCGGGUCUGACCACGAACCAAUACAUCCUAGCGUUCCGCUCCAAACAUCGUCAGUGGACCUUCCGGACCAUCGAUGGGCACGGAUUUCGUGAUGAGGUGGAUGGCUGCAAUGGCACGUUCUCCCUGAUAGCUAGAUCGCGGGGUCGCCGGCUGGAGCUCAUGAUUUCGGCCCCGUUGAGCAGUUUCUCGGAGAACAUCUUUGUGCCAACUGCCAAAGGGUUUAGCCGAACUCCGGGGAGCACGGAAACUCACACGGCGACUGCGGUCGUUCGACUGUGGGAGGCUCGACAGAAGCGGGUCGCAGAGUACGCCACGUUCAAGCAAGCAGCGCUGGAGUUCGGUGGCCAUUACAACUGCGCAGAUCCAUCGACGAGGGCAGCACCGGCACCGAGUCAAGGAUCUCAAGAGGUAGCUUUUGUUGGCUUCCAGGAGCCCAAGAGUCGAUUCAGAGGCGGCCGCAGCCGCAGCCACAGCUUGGGUCGCGGGAAUCUGGCGGUCGUUGCGCGAAGAUCUGCAGCUCCAGCCGCGCUCUGGGCCGGGGCGCUCGCAGCAGCUCUGCUGCUCAGGGCAAAAUUUCGGCAGAAGCAAAGGACUCUGCAAGAGGGCAUUGCAGACUUUUACGAUGCCUCAACGGGCGUUUGGGUGGAGAUCUGGGGGGAUCACUUGCACCAUGGCUACUACGAGGACAACUCAUGGAGAUCUCUGAAGCAGCACCGAGAGGCCCAAGUCCGGAUGAUCGAGGAGGUUCUGAGUUGGGCAGAUGUCUCAUCAGACCGUGCUCCACAAGCGAUCCUGGAUGUCGGCUGCGGAGUCGGAGGCUCUUCCCGCUACCUGCAGAAGAAGUACGGUGCAAAGGUCACCGGCAUCACUCUGAGCCCCAAGCAGCAAGCACAAGCCACAGCGCUCUCCAAGUCACAGCCCGACUGCACUUUCCAAGUUGCGGAUGCACUGAAGAUGCCCUUUGCAGACAACUCUUUUGACCUCGUGUGGUCGCUCGAAAGCGGCGAGCACAUGCCGGAGAAAGCCAAGUUUAUGAGUGAAAUGCACCGUGUUUGCAAACCUGGUGGCCGUAUCAUCCUUGUCACCUGGGUGCACCGAAAUCUGGAAGCGAACGAAGCGCUGACGUCGAAGGAGGUGCGCCUCCUCAAGCGCAUUAGCCAGGCGUACCACUUGCCAGAUUGGUGCAGCAUGGACGACUACUGUCACAUAGCCACAGAGAAGUUGGGCAUGUCAGGCAUCCGAAGCGAUGACUGGUCCAAGUUCAUUGCGCCCUUCUGGUCAGCCGUAAUCCAGACGGCCUUGCAGCCGCGGGGUUGGUGGGCGCUCGCAAGAGGUGGCCUGGAGACCUUCCGCGGUGCUUUGGUGAUGCCUCUCAUGAACCGGGGCUAUCGAACUGGAACGGUUCGCUUUGGCUUGAUGACGGGAUGCAAGGUGCAAGGCGGUGAUAUUGCUGCUGCAAGUACGGCUGCGGCUUCUGCACCGUCAGCGCUGUCGGUAUGGAAAGCAAAGCCAAAACGGCUGGCGCUCUGUGGCGCUUUGGGGCAGGUGGUCUCAUCUUCGACCACGAAAUCCUCGAGACUUGCAGCCUUGCUGGCCAAGGUAAAGACCGUCUGGGAUUUCACGCGCCCCCACACAUUGAUCGGGACCGUCAUCUCGAUCACGACGGUACACCUCUUUGCCGUGGCUCCGCUGCCUUCCAUCAGCUGGCCGGCCUUCGCAAUCCAGACGCUCCGGGCACUGGUGCCGGCGAUGCUCGUGAAUGUCUACAUCACUGGCCUCAACCAGAUCUACGAUGUCGAGAUCGAUCGCCAGAACAAGCCAUAUCUCCCGAUUCCCUCUGGACGACUCUCCAAUGGCUCUGCAUGGCUGAUCGUGCUUGGCUCUCUCUUCGGUGCAGAGGCCGUGACAUGCACCUAUGAGACGGCCGGCGUCAUGGCGCUUCAGUUCCCUUUGAUCGCAAGUGCAAUCCUGGGCACAGCUUACUCAGUGCCACCCUUUCGCUUGAAGCGCUUUCCCUUUCUGGCUGCGCUGAGCAUCAUUGUUGUUCGCGGUGUGGUCGUCAACAUGGGCUUCUACUAUUACAUUGGGCAUGCCCUUGGUGUAGCAGGACAGGUGUCGACAUUCCGAAGCGCAAUGGCUGCAGCAUUCUUUGCAGCCUUCGGCUUGGUGAUAGCCUUGAUGAAG